AUGUCAAACCAUCAAGUUAAAAGAGAUUCUGGUUUUUUCGAAAGUGAAGAUAUUAAAUUUUGUUUUAAUCCUACUACCCUUAUUACUUUUACCGACGUCGCCUCUACCGCACCUAUCACCAAACCUACUGCUAAUAAAACAAUAUUUUCAUCAUAUCUCGGUCUUUAUGAAAUUCAAUUAACCAAGAAAAAUUUCGAUAAAUUAUU